AUGGCUAAAGAUGGCCAGCAUCAUCAAACCAGGAAAGCUUUGAUUGAGGAAGCAGUGCAACAGUGUCAACACCAUUUCUAUCCCAAUGAGAUACCAGAGGAAUAUCUGGCUGGUACGGAGGAGAUUCCUUGUCUGAAUGUGGAUCGAGUCCGACAAGAACUCACCGCCAAUGGGAGUGUAGAGCUUUCGGAUGGAGGCUACGGAUUCAAUGUGACGCAAGCCUCGGUGACACACCUACCUGUACCUGUACUGCAACAGCCGCCACCCACACUGCCUGUCGACCUACGCACGGCCCAUGGGUUCCAACUCUGCAUCACUGGACAAUUAAUCAAGCCAGAGAAUGAUAUGUAUGCACCCAUCAUCCAGGAAGUGAGACACGACUUUUCGAGAAAACGACAACAGCUGUGGACUAUGGAACGGUGA